AUGUCGCCGUCAGGAUCUGUUCAUAGCCCAGCAGCGGUGGAGCAGCUUCUGCUGCUCGUAUGGGUGCACGGGUUCAAGGGCAACCAAGCCACUUUCCAAGACUUUCCACAUGACGUUGGCGAGGCGGCAAAGAAGCGGUUCACGACAUAUGAUGUCAUAAGUAUCAUAUACCCAAAGUACCGCACAGUCGGAGAGAUUGAAGUGGCCACCGCUGCCUUUGUACAAUGGCUGUACAAAUACGUUAACGACCUGGAGCAGCAGAAGGUGGACAGCACAGGUCAUGCGGUACAUACCAGUGUGAUCCUAUUUGGACACUCCAUGGGCGGUAUGCUUGUAGCUGAUGCGGCCAAAGCGGUCCGGGACGAGAUCAAGGCGAAGCCUGGCAAGAAUCUAGCGGACGUGAGGGGAGUGAUCGCAAUAGAUACUCCGUUUAUCGGUAUCCAUCCCGCUUUAGUAUCAUAUGGUAUCGAGCAGCUCGACGCGUAUAUCGACAAAGCCCUUCUCGACACCGGCGCCUUUUUCGAAAACUCCCCCAAAUUCCUGCGUACCGGCCUCAACAAGAUCGGCAUCAACCCCCAAGCGCUUAAAUCACCACCCAUACCCGGUUCGCCAGGUUCUGGCACCGGCUUUCUCGAUCCCGAAGGUCGGCUCGGCAGGAGCUUUUCGACCGUCCUCGCCUUACCUGGCCAGGUCAGCAGUUCCGACUGGGACUGGACAAGCGCAGCGAGAGGCGGAGGGCUGAAGGGGUUGAGGAGGGCUAUUAGUGGGCAGAAGGACGAGGAGGGGGAGGGGGAUGAGUUGACGUUGCAGGAGAAGGCGGAGAAGGUUGAGAAGAAACGGUUGGAGAAGGAGCGGAAGGAGCGGGAGAAGCGGGAGGCGAAGGAAAAGAAGGAAGAGGAGAAGCGGGUCAAGAAGGAGAUCAAGGAACAGGAGAAGCGGGAGAAGCAGGAGGAGAAGCGGAAAGAGAAGGAACGGAAGGCUGCGGAGAAGAAGGCGAAGAAUGAGGAGAAGAAGGCGGCGGAUGGGGAGGAGAACGAAGAGAAGGACGGGGAUGCGGACAGCGAUCAGGGGGAGAAGGGGGAGAAGGGGGAGAAGACGGAUAACCAAGCGGCUGUCGACGAGGCGGAGGAUGGGAAGGAGGAAGAAGGGAAGAGCGAGGGAACCAAAGACGACAAGGGAGCGAAGGGAGAAAAGACGGAUAGUACAGGGGAGGAUGGCGAGAAGACCAUUCAGGUGGGGUCGCCAGAUCACGACACACAGGCUGAGUCCCCUCCGGAGGUCCUCGAGACUGCUCCGUCUACCUCUAUACCGCCCCCGCUGCCUCCUCGUCGGUCAACGCAGCGGCCCGACCCUUCGCGAGCAGCAUCUUCUCAUCCGGCCAACCCGUCCAAGCAGGAAGCGGACCGGGCCUUCACAGGAUCGGUCCAAUCUAUAUUCGACCCAGCGGAUGUUGGCAACGGCGGAGAUGCGCAUCCAGAUCAACCACAACCGAAUCUCGUCGUGUCAGGUGACGGCGCUACUCCCUCUGAUCUACCAUCGUUCACCUCCGAUCCAAAGACGAAAGGUGUCAGUCCCCCAUCUGAUACAACCCCAACAGCAUCCCACUCCCCCUCCCCUGAUCCCUCCCAUCGCGACGCCCCCUCAGAAGACGAACGCCCCACCUCCCCGAUACCCACCAUGGAUGCCUCGUCCUCCGAGCCCGGCGGCACCAUCACCAACGCCCAAAAGAAGGAGCAGCAAAAGAAGAAUUGGAGGUGGGCCAAGGCGCACAUGGAGUUCAUGUCUAGCUGUUGGAGUGUCGGGGACAUCGCGAAGCGUAUGAAGGGGAUUGAUGGGUUCCAAAGGGACGGAAUAUACUUUGUCAACAUAUACAGUAUCGUCAAAGCAUCCCCACCCCUCCAUCCUAAAGAUCGCACCUUCGUCUCCCUCCCUACGAUCCACCACCCCACCAAAGAAAGCUGGAAACCAUUCGUCCACGAUUCAGCGGCGGACCAGGUCGAGGCGCACAUGAGCAUGUUUGAUAAAGAGAAACAUAAGGGGUAUGGGCGGUUGAUUGGGGUUAUCGAGGAUGAGAUUGGGGAGGUGUUGAAGCGGAUGACGGAAUGA